AUGCCGCCAAAGAAAGCUAAGGUUGUGAAAGCUAAGGUUGUGAGACAAGCCAGAGUUGUGCGACCCGCAGCUUCAUCAGAAAUUAUGAUGGAGGAGUUGCAGAGGUACCGUGAACGUUUUGGAGAUCAGAUGCGUAAUGACCCGGGAGCGGGAAAUGUGCAUCAGCCGGACGCGCCGUUGAAUGGCCAGAACCAGGGAGUGCAGUAUCCGCCGGUUGUGCAUGUGCCGGCACAGGGCCGUUCGUAUUGGGAACUGAUGGGGCAUAUGAGGAAUAUGCAGAUGGAUCAUUUCGAUGGAAAGACAAGUGAUGUUGUUGCUGAUAAUUGGAGGAAAAAGCUGGAGAAGAAUCUUGAUGCAAUCAGGUGCCCACAGGAGUACCGCCUUGACUUGGUUGUGCACUACCUGAAGGAUGAUGCCAUGAUUUGGUGGGAUGGUGUGAUGGAGGUAGCGCAAGGGCAUUAA